AUGCAAGCUCAAAUGGGAGUGGGGGGUGACCUGCAGAGGAGCUACCGGGUGCAGAAUUUUGCCACACCAGGCGUCAUCAUGAGGGAGCGAAGCUUUAUACGGCCGCAGUCUCAUCAUAACAUGCAUCAUAACCAGUUUCCGAACAAUGGGAAACGGCGAAGUAUGAUCCUGACGAAUGCUAAAGGCAAACCGACGCUCGAAAUAUAUAGACCUCCAGGUGUCCGCACAGACGGCGUGGCGACCACCGCGACCACGGGUGCGACCACGCCGACCACGCCGUCGUCCACCAACAAGCUGAAUGUGCACGCCAAGGAGUUCACCAUGGCCAAGCCCGCUGACCAGCAUAAUAGGUCAACGGUGGGUAUGGGAUACACGAGCGUGGGCCUCCAGCACUCACGCUCGGCGGUCCUGCACGCGCAAGUGCCGUCCCACUACCGCCCAGUGAUGCCGCCCCACGCGCUUCUGACGAGCGCGUCCAGUGGGAACGUGCCCACGGUCGGACCUCGGGUAACCUUCAAACUCCAGCCUCAACAAAUGAUAUCAGAGAAGAAGAAAUCGCCGCCAUCCUCCUUAACCAACGGCAAUGGCAAGAGUGUCAGACCACAAUCCUUUACACCUGGACUGAAAAGAUCCAAGUCUCUGACAUCAGCCGACACACUAGCCAGUGGUAUGGCCGCUCUAGGUCUUGCAGCUGAUGCAGGGGACUUGGGAAACUUUCCGCCAGAAAUACAAGAGUGUAUAGACAAGGCACUGGAAGACCCGAACGCUGUGUGCGCGCGCACGCUGAUGGACGCGGUGGGGCACCUGGUGUCGCGCGCGGUGGAGUCCCCGCGCUACGCACUGCCGGCCGCGCGCCGCUGCAUCGCCGUGGUCGAGCGCGAGCAGACCGAGACCUUCCUCGAGUCGCUCCUCAACACCUGCCAGCAGUGGUACCACGACAGGGAUAAGCUGCUCGGCGCCACAGUGGGCGGCGGGCGGCCGCGCCUCAUGGCGUUCCUGUCGUUCCUGCUGGAGAUGUACUGCCAGCUGCGGCGGCGCGCCAUCCAGCGGCGCGGCCACAGCGCGCCCGGACACGUGCUGCUCGCGCUCAUCUGCAAGUGCUGCGAGGACUGCAUCCGCCAGCCGGUGCCCUCGCCCAGCGACACGGAGAACCUGUUCUUCGUGCUGACGUACAUCGGGCGCGACCUGGAGACGCAGCUGCCGGGCGACCUCGAGCGCCUGCUGUCGGCGGUGCGCGACGCCUUCAUCAACUCGGCGGCCGCGCCCUCCAUCCGCCGCACGCUGCUGCAGCUCAUCGAGCUGCACGCUUCGCGCUGGCAGCUGCCGGGCUGCGCCGUGCUGUACUACUAUCCUUCCUCCAAG